UCACAUUAUUCUUGUUUAUUGUUAGCUGUUACAGGUACACGCGAAUACAAUGGAGCAUUGUUGUUAUUUUGGCGAGGGUGGAUUUUUGCACAUCCAAAUAUCAGUUGUGCCAGCAAGCCGGCGGUAACAGAAAUCUAAACAGAAAUCAUAUUUAUAAAGGUAGAAGAUUUUUUGUUGGUGUAACAGAUAACAGACUAACAGAUUUAUAAAGUGUGAAUCACAAUAUUCACAAUUAAACUAAUUAACUCAAUUAACUAUGUUAAUACAAAGAAGUGUCUUAAUUAAUAAUUAAUUAGAAACAAAAAGUUUUUCCAUAUCUUUUAAACUACUACUGAAAACGAUGGAGUCCGAUUUCGGUGCUGGAGGAGGAGUAACUCCCCGACCAUUAAAACCUCCCCGAGGAAAUAAAGUGGGUGGGGGUGGUGGGGGCACUAAAGAGACGGGAAUAUUGAUGCGGGUUAUCAAAACGUUAUCUUCCGCUGCAUCGACGGACCACCGGGAUAGAGAGAAAACCAAGCUGGAAAAGGACUUUAAAAAGAGUGACGCCCAGCUUGACGGCCUCUUGGCGACGAGACAACCCUCGCUCAGUUCGGUGAUGCAGCUAUUUUCGCACGUUUGUGGCGAAGUCGGAAGUGCCAAGGAGCGGAUAAAAUCGGUCAAGGGAAGUCUUCAACAGUGCAAAAUGUUGUUGCAGUGUCGACGUGAGGAAUUACAGCGGCUCUGGUUGGAAGGGAUUGAACAUAAACAUGCCUUACAAAUUUUUGCACAAAUUGAGAAAUUAAGAGAAGGAGGUGAUAAUUUUUCAAAGCUCUUAAACCGGAAACAGUACAUUCCUGCUGUUGAAGUGCUGAUGGAAUGUUUACAAAGCUGGACUCCCAGUCUCGACCAGAUAGAAGGACUUCAUGAUCUGAGGGACGAACUGAAGCUUAAACGCGAUAAAAUUUAUGAGACCCUCAAAGAAGAAUUGUAUCGCGAAAUUUACCACAAUUUUAACAAAGAACCGUUCGAGCGGCGUCAAGGUUCUGGGGCCCACUUUAGCCGUGGGGGAUCUGAUCGGCUAAGUUCUGGGAAAAUGACUCAAGUAAAGGCUAGAAAAAUAUUCAUGGAUUUCGGUCAAAAUGCAAAUCCUACAAAUUUUGCAAAAAAUGCUGACUCGCAAGAACAUGAUAGCUUCAUCACCACCGUUGUUGAUUGUAUGGUCCGCUUGGAGGAAGUGCCACGAUUUGUGAAGGAUUUGAGACAUAAUCUCGAAGAAAACUUAAUGGCCGUCGUUAAUUCUGCAUCUCGACACAUUAUUGAGUACGGGGAUGCUAGCGGCGUCAGUGAAGCCGACACUGCCAUUUUCCAGAAAUUGAUCCAGCUCAUUUUUACCCAGUUUCGCUCAAUUGUUCGCUCCCACGCCUUAAUUCUUCGCCACUUGGAACAGGCUUUGGGGAAGCAGAAGCCCAAUGUAAAAAUUCACAAUGAAGAGUAUAUCUGGACUAAAGUACAAGCUGUCUUGCAAUCCACGCUCAAGAUUUACUUUGGAUUAAGCGACUCAAAACAAGAAUCCGGAAAUUCGGAAUUUAUGGACACCACCCUUUCCAUCAAUAGUUAUUUUGUCAAAAGAAGAGCACAACGAGCAAAGAGACCCUUGUUCAAAUUCAAGUAUUCACUACAUGGACUUAACGUUAAUGAUUAUGUUGUGCAAGAAGGAAGCGAUAUGAACCGAAGUGCCGUUGAUCGUCAUCGAUUCCUCGUUUGUAAACCAAGCUCGAGAAACUUGAUUGCGAUUUAUAGUGUAGUUCAAGAAUUGUGUUCAGAAAUUGAGCAGACUACUAAUGGACAAAAAUGUGAAUUACGGAAAUUCAUGGGCAAUAAUGUGAACAAAGUGUUUGUUCAACAAAUAUACAAAGAAAUAUCAGACGCUGUUGAAUCAGCCAAGAAGAAUCCUGACUUCUGGAAGGAUUGCAUAUCGUUGGACGAAUCCAAAGCGCUUAAGGCAGUUCGCCCCUUGUUGCAGAGUGUCGUCCAUAUUGGUCGAAAUGUUCAAGAAGUUAUUCGCCUCGCCAACGAGUUGCCUUCCCACUGUGAUCAACUUGCCAGAAUGUUACAUUCAAUUCUUUCCUCCUAUUCAGAAGCAUGCCAGACCGCAUAUCAAGGGAUUGUUCAGCCCGAUGUGGACGAUAAGGCAGUAAUUUCCUCGUCUUGGGUGAAGGAUACCGAUAUUCAACGUCUUCUUAAAUCGUUACCAAACUGGCUCAAGCUACUUAAGGCGAAAGAAGGUAGCAAAAUGAUCAACCAGAGCAUGGAUGAAAGUCCUGAGGAUGUGCGGAAUCAAAACCUUCGCGAGUCUGACCUACUUACAGGCCUGUUUUAUGGAAAGACUGUGCAACGACAUGAAAUUAUCACCGAUACAAAGCAAAUGAACCAAUUAGCACAUUUGCAGGAGAGUUUGGAAUGGUUUGCCAAUCAGGUGGAAGCCGUCGCCAAAAAUUUUGAACGCCUACCCACCAACAACUCUGACUCUGGGAUGAAAGAACAUAUCGAAAAUAUUUAUGAAAUGGUGACAUCCUUCAGCGAUCUUGGAGACGUUUGCCUCCUCGUGUUACACUUGGAAGUUCGCGUCCACUGUUUCCACUUUUUGGUCCCGAUGGCUCAAAAUGGAGACUUUUCGCCGGGAGUGGACACACAAAAUUCGGAUCCCGAAGUUAACAAAUUGAUUCGGGAUUUGGCUCACAUUCAAAACAUAUUGAGUGCUUCGUUACCACCGAUUAAGAGCAAGUACGUGUUUGAAGGGAUCGGCCAACUAAUUUCGACCAUCCUGAUUGGCUGUGCUGAACAUAUCCAGAGAAUUAACGACAACGGUGUUAAAAAGAUGUGCAGAAAUGUAUUUGCGAUUCAAAAGACCUUAUCGGACAUAACUAAUCAUCCUGAACAGUCGAUGGAUCAUGCUAGGCAGUUUUAUGAGUUAUUCACGCUUUCCCCAGAGGAACUUGUCAACGGAAUCCUGGAGAAAGGCCCUCAGUUUAAAGAAUUGGAAUACAUGAACGCUCUUAAGCUCCUCUUCAGGAGCAAACCUGGUCGCCAGAAAAUGCACUCUCUCGACGACCAUUUGAACCGACUAUCAAAUAUUUUGGGAGAUGUAGGAGUAGUGGUGUAAAAAUCAGUAACCGACAUAAUCUUGCUAUAGCUUAUCUACACAUUGUUUAGCCUAAAAUGACGAUACCAGUGGUGCUUAAUAUGAAUUUCUUCUUGUUUUUACCAUUUUAAAAGAAAUUCUAAACUCAACUAAAUUGAAACUUUAAAAGUUAUGAAAUGUAUUCAGAUAAGGAUGUGUACAACACAAUAAAGUUUUUUUUAUUUAAACGUAUUAAGUUAUAACUGACGAGAAUAAAGUUAUCAUACUUAAAUGACCCAA